ACCAUAGUUACUGUGUGGUUAUUUAUUUAACGAAUACCACGAAUCAUAAUUUUUUCAACACAUCGGUCUUUCACGCCGCCAUUCCGAGCAAGGAAGACGUCGCUGGCUCACCUCUGUUCAAAGAUUUUAAUUUUGUCUUUGAUUAAGUCGGCCAGGAAAUAAAACAUGUCCUUCGCUAAAGAUUCAAAAGCCCCCGCAGAUGAGGCACCAAUCCACAGGAUUCGUAUCACCCUGACCAGCAGAAAUGUCCAGAGUCUUGAAAAGGUGUGCGCUGAUCUGAUCAAGGGAGCCAAGGACAAAAACCUCAAGGUUAAGGGUCCCGUGCGUAUGCCCACAAAGAUACUGAGGAUCACCACCAGGAAGACGCCCUGCGGUGAGGGCUCCAAGACUUGGGACAGGUUUCAGAUGAGGAUUCACAAGCGCCUCAUUGACCUACACAGCCCCAGUGAGAUUGUCAAGCAGAUCACAUCCAUCAGCAUUGAGCCUGGUGUCGAGGUGGAGGUCACCAUUGCAGAUGCUUAGGACACUGUAAUGUGAUGUGUCUGUCAAAUGUGGGAUGAAUAAAAAAAGAAAAAGUU